CUUCACUGGCGCUGUGCGCCGCUGACGUCUCUCAUUUGCCCCUCUCCGGAAGCUACUUGCCUCCGCUCAGUGGUGCCGGCGGCUACUCGACGUACUCUUCGUAUCCCUCGUAUACGGGCAACUCCUACUCCGCUGGUGCCUACUACCCGGGCUCCCGCAUCGGCUCUGGCUACAACUCCGGCCUAGGCUCCGGCUACGCUGCUCCGCUGGUCACCUCUGGCUACAACAGCUAUGCAGCUGUGCCCCAGUACAACACCUAUGCCACGCCCUCACGCACCUACCUGCCAGCUCAGGUAAGCUACAGUGGUCUGGACACUAAAUAUGCGGCCAACGGUGGCUACAUCUAUUAAAAGCCGAACUUAGUCUGUGCUUGGAUCAGUAUCGCGCCUAUCUUAUCAUAUAUAU